AUGUCUGAAAUUCAGAAGUGGACAAUUCAUGAGCCCUAUCUCGCCAUUGGCGGAACUCUCCUCGAGGGCCCCUAUCACGAUGCAGCCAUCAACGAGUUCCGCUUCAUCGACAUCUGGGACCACAAACUAUACCGUCUCGAUCUGGCCCGCGGCCCUGAAUCGCUACGGGUAAUUGAAACCGAGGAUUCUAUCGGCGUGACCGCCAACAUCGCCGGCGAGACCGACCAGGAUGACCUGAUUGUCGGGGCCAAGCAUGGAUUCGCGCGGCUGAACCGCACGACCGGACGACUGUCGUAUAUCCGCGAGGCCUGGGACGACCACCCGGACCGCACCCGCAUGAAGCAUCUAACACCCCCCAAGGGCGACGAUGUGGCCCUCGACCUUACAAUUACACUUUAUACUUAUGCAACCCCAACCCCCCCCCCCCCCUUCUCUCUCUGCCAUAAUUGGACCAUGCUUUCACUAACCCGGCCCCCCUUCCCUUCCAAUAGCAUGCGCUUCAACGACGGCGCCGUCGACAGUCACGGUCGCUUCUGGGCCGGGACCAUGAACGACCCGAAGGUUCAAGCGCCGCGCGCAGAAGGCACGCUCUUCCGACUGGACCCCGACCUCAACCUGCACGCGGUGGUGCCGCACGCGACGAUCCCGAACGGGAUCGGUUGGAGUCCGGACGAGGCGACCAUGUACUGGACGGACUCGGCGACGCACUGCAUCUUCGCGUUCGACUUCGACGCGGCGACAGGGAUGCUUUCACGGCGGCGAGUGCUGGUGAACGUGGGCGAGGGCUUGGAGCCGGACGGGCUGGCCGUCGAUGAGGCGGGAAAUCUGUGGAGUGCGAUAUACGGGGGCAGCCGAAUUCUACGGGUGUCUCCGAAGGGUGAGGUAACUGGGGUUGUGGAGGUGCCGACGAAGAAUCCGACGUGCGUGGCUUUUGUGGGGACGGAGUUGUGGAUUACGAGUGCGGCGGAUGGAAGGAACGUUGAGGAGGGAGGGGAGUCGGUGAAGAUGGGGGGAUGUGUGUUUCGAGUGGAUGUUGGGGUGAGGGGUCUGCCGAAGCACGAAUUUCGGUUUGAGUAG